CCUUCAAUGAUGUUAUGCAGUCAUUUUCCGAGGGGGGGGUUGAUAGUGGUAUGAAAAGUCUUCCGUUAACAGAAAUACAGACAGACAGUUCCUUCAAAGCUAUGAAAAUAGCUGUCACUGUGAACCUGCUGACAGACAAACCUAGUUAGCUAGCAGUGCUUGUCAGAAGAGCUAGAUAGCAUUAGCUAUGAACAGUAUCAUUAGCCAGCGUUCUUUUACAAAGCACGCUUUAUACAAACGCGCAGCACAUAUUUCUUCAAACUGGCUUAUCUAGUUUUUUUGCAAACCAAAGUGAAUUGUGUACUUCGAAAUAUGAAAGCGAAAGAAGAGACUACAACCUUGACGGCAAACUAAGUAGUUGUGGAGAAAUGAGUGAGACUGACUUUUCUUCCUCUAUGGACAUGGCUGAGAUAAACCACAUCCAGUAUGAGCUGGAGUACACAGAGGGCAUCAGUCAGCAGAUGAGGAUUCCCAGCAGGCUUAAAAUAGGACCCAACUCCUCAGAUGACCAACAUGGUCCCCUCCUGGAGGCACCCCACAGCACAAUGAUGCAUGUUCCAGAGAGGAUUGUAGUGGCAGGGGAUGGUAGUGAUGCGCACUUUAACAGACCCAGAGAUCUGGAUCUUAUUCAGUCCACCCCAGUGGAGUCUGUGGAGCUAAAGGCCCCUCCCAGAGUUCUCACCCUCCAGGACCAACCUCUGGACUUCCUAGAGCCAGAGCACCCAGCUACAUCAUCUGCCCCACAAAAAGAAGAGGUCUAUGCUCACUCAAGAUCAAGGCGUGAGCGGUGCAUGACCGAAAACUCCACUGUCCGACAAAAUGGUCAAAUAAACAAAUACGAUGUUACAAGCCUGUCUCCUGGUGCUCCUCUCCGCGCCUGCCCCCCUCUUGUUGCCCCUGAUGACCUACAGAGCUUGGACACUGCUAGUGGCGUCCUCUCCUACAUCCAGUGUACCACACGCCGAGCCUGUGAGCAACUCCUGGCUAUGCUGGAUGACGGUCGCCGCAGUAGAACUGCUCUUGUGACUUUCGAUGCCAGUUUAGAGAGCACUCCUGAUGAUGCGUCUUUAGUUGAUGCUGCAGCUCUCAGACGACAGAUUGUAAAGCUGAACCGAAGGCUUCAGCUGCUGGAGCAGGAGAAUAAAGAGAGAACCAAGAGGGAGGUGGUCAUGUACUCAAUUACAGUGGCUUUCUGGCUGGUCAACACGUGGAUCUGGCUCCGUCGUUGAACCCUGGAAACAAGAACUUGUUUGGUUCCACCUCUCAGGCCUUGUUUAGAUAGGCUGGUAAAUCUGGGCUUUGUUGUUGCUGUUUUGUGUUGUUUUGUUUUGUUUUGUUUUGUUUUGUUUUGUUUUGUUUUGUUUAAUAUCUCCAGUCUGAGUCCAAUCCUUUUCAACCAGAUCUUUAAAGUCAGUUUUACAUUCCCAACAGUAAAAUUGUCCAUUUCAGCAAAAAGUCUGAACACAUACAUCUGUUUAGGUGAAAAACACACAGGAUAAACAUUCUUGGAUAAAAGUAGGUAAAGUUUCAGAUAAAGCAAAGUUUUUCAACAAUUCAGAAAUUUAAUCACAGCCUCCAUAACUAGGAUAAGCUGUAUUACCUACAAGACCAGUUCUAUCAACUUCAGCUACAUUAAUGUUUUUAGACUGUGUACCAUAGGUGUAAUUAUGUUUAAAUGAGUUUUGUCCAUUGUGUAUUUAUAUUUCCCUUUAAAGCCAUUUAUAGUGUUGCCAAUAAUGAAACAUUUGAAUAGCAUGAUUGUGGUGGUUGUAACAUAUGAACAAAAAUUGUGUUGUACUUUAUCAUUGUGUUAUACUAAGAGGACCAUGCUAGAUAAUAGACAUUCCAGACUUUUGUGAAUGUUUGUGCAUGCUUGUGAUGAAACAUACUGCCUCACUUAUUUAUUUCCACCUGUAAAUAUUUGACAUAGCACUCAGCAGAAUACGGUGAAAAGUAUCAAAUUUUUGUUAAAUGCAACCUUUUUUUCAGUAGUUACUGUAUGCUUUAAAGUUGUGGAGAACACCAUUUCUGUUUCUAUUGCAUAAUCAUGCCACAAUAAUUUUUUCCACAGUUCGUAAAAUAAAGCUGUCAGUUAGUUAACUGUU